AGUAACGUGUAGUCUUUACUUUCGAACUACAAAUACUGAGGGAAGUACUUCCUGUGUCGCUGUGCACGUGCACAGACUGCUACUAGUUGACCUCGAGUUAAAACCAAAAUAUGUUUUCUCAGUGUAACACAUGAAAACGGAAGCAGUAUGACUAAAAAGAGUCACAGAAAUUUGAAGAAGAUAUGCACAACCGCGCACGUUUUCUUAUCUUUUUCCAGUACAUUGGAACAAAAUACAGUGGUGCAGCCAAAGUGCCUCCAGAUCAACUUCAAAUGGGGAAGAAAGGUAUUCAGGACCACUUGGAGGAAGCCAUAAUGAGGCUGAAACCAGUAACCCCCCUUUUUCUGAGAGUCUCCAGCAGAACAGACAAAGGUGUCCAUGCUAUCUGUAACACUGCCCACUUUGACCUCCAGUGUGGGAAUGACAAGCCCCUGUUUACUGAAGAGAUUCUUGUAGAGGCUCUUAAUUACCAUCUUGCAUCAGAGCAAAUCCAGGUCACCCGUGCUCAACGUGUUCCAGAUGAUUUCCAUGCUCGAUUCCGUGCCCAGUCUCGCACCUACGUCUACCGCCUCGCUCUGGGAAUCUCCCACCCCACUCUGCUGCCUGUCACAGAAAGAGAUCUGUGCUGGAACCUCCACAGUCUGAAGCUCGAUUUUGGAGCCAUGCACGAGGCUGCCGCCCUGCUGCUUGGGACUCAUGACUUCAGCAGUUUCAGGGCACCUGAUUCUAAAAUGGCUUUGAAAAGCCCUGUUAAGACAAUGGAUGUGGUGAGCUUACAGCCAGGAAGCUCCUUUGCACGCAUACACUUCCACAGAGAUGUUCCUUUUUGGGAGCUGACGUUUAAAAGCCGAUCCUUUCUCUAUAAGCAGGUGCGUAGAAUGGUGGGGGCCAUUGUGGCAGUUGGUCUGCAAACAUACUCAGUGCCACAACUGAAGUCGCUACUGGACGCUCGGGACUCUAUGAUGUACCCCUCGUGGAUGACUGCACCACCUCGUGGUCUCUUCCUCACCCGGGUGGAGUACAGAGAGUCAGACUUGCAGCUUUCACAACAGUCCUCAGAGGAUCAGCUCACCUCCAGUGGAAACUUAGAAGAUUGAGUGCUGCUUGAAAUACUGUACUUUCAGUUAUCAUGGGAGGUCUGUGGAUGUCACCAAAUAAUUCUUGGUGAUAGUGUAACUGACAUCAGCAGUGACAAACAUUCAAAUACGUUUAAAGGAGAAAUGAGUAUUUUCAACAAUCCAGGAGGUUGUUCUUUAACCUUAUGCAGUGUUCUUUUAUUGUCUACAGUGCUGGUCAGAAUGAAUUGUACUUCUGAAUGUUAAAUACAGAAUUAAAAAUCUGAUUAGAAAUAAAUGCAGAUAAAUUUUGUAUAUUCAGAACAUUUAAUAAAAUGUCCAAAACUUAGUGAAUAACAAACAAAAAAUAAUUGUAUAUAUCUAAGUACUAAAAUGGAUAGUACUCCUGUGGGUUC